CGUCGCUAGAGGGCGCCGCUGCAAAGUGAAGCACAGAACGACGGCGAGCGGUCUGCUGAGUAGUCUGUCAGCACUUUGACCUGCUCACAAACUGCGAGGCAGCAAGCUACGGCGUUGAGCCACUCGGCGUGAGCCUCACAACCACAAAUCGCUAUGGCAGCAACCCUGCUCUUGGCCGUGGCGCUCGGCGCCGUCGGCGCGCUGCAGCCGGCGCACCGCAGCGCGCGCCCCGCGCGGCGCACACAACUAAAUGCGGAGGACCCGGACAAGCCCAUGACCCUCUACGACCUGCCGGCCGAGGGCGAGCCGUGGCUGAACCGCUACUCGUCGAUGUUGACGAGGAACAAAAAACAGGGCGCAUCGCAAGCGAUGUUGUAUGCCACCGGCUUGACGCAAGAAGACAUGUCGAAGCCUGUGUGGAAAUCAAAAUUUUACGGCGCGUCCUGAAUCGCCGCGUCGACCUCCACGCCAUCGACGCGGCGACUGCUCGAUAGCGUGAAGGUGCCGGUUCCUCGCCGCCCGACGGAGCCGGCACGGCCGCGUCAUCGCCGAGAAAUGACUUAGUGAAGAAUUGUCGGGUGCACCCGACACACUGGUUGAUUUCCACACAGGCCGAAGCCCUUUGUCGGUGUUGGGUCGAUCUGGUACGACGGCAACCCCUGUAACAUGCACCUGUUGGAGCUGGGCACGUUGAUCCGCAAGUCGUGCCAGGACGCUGGCAUGGUGGGGUACCGCUUCAAUGCGGUCGGUGUCUCAGAUGGGAUCAGCAUGGGUACGACGGGCAUGAGGUACUCGUUACAAUCCCGAGAUUUGAUCGCCGAUUCGGUGGAGACGGUCAUGGGUGCCCAGUGGUACGAUGGUUUAAUAGCCAUCCCGGGCUGCGACAAGAACAUGCCGGGCGUGGUCAUGGGCAUGGCGCGACUCAAUCGGCCCGCGAUCAUGGUUUAUGGCGGUACGAUACGAGCUGGAAAACAACCCUCGACGGGAGAAUCGUUGGAUAUCGUGUCGGCGUUCCAGUCCUACGGCGCGUAUGUGUACGACAAGAUCGAGGAGGAAGAGCGCGCCGAGAUUACGAGACAUAGCUGCCCGGGCCAGGGCGCGUGCGGUGGGAUGUAUACGGCGAACACGAUGGCUACCGCGAUAGAAGCGUUGGGCAUGUCUUUGCCUUACUCCUCGUCGUCUCCCGCGGAUUCGCAGGAGAAAAGAGACGAAUGUGCCAGGGCUGGUGAAGCGAUCAAGAAGUUGUUGGAGCUGGAUCUCAAACCGAGAGAUAUCAUGACCAAAGGCGCCUUCGAGAACGCUAUAAGGAUGGUCAUGGUCACGGGUGGCUCUACCAAUGCCGUGUUGCAUCUGAUAGCGAUGUCGCGCGCGUGCCAAGAUCCAGCAGUAAGGAUCGGCCUGGACGACUUCCAGCGCAUUUCCGACGAAACGCCCUUCCUAGCAGACCUCAAACCUUCGGGAAAGUACGUCAUGGAGGACGUCCAGAACAUUGGCGGGACGCCGGGCGUGAUUAAAUUUAUGAUCGACAACGGCAUGUUCGACGGGUCCCAAAUGACAGUAACCGGUAAAACCUGGGCCGAGAACGUGAAGGAUCAUCCGGGCCUGACGCCGGGCCAGGAGAUCAUCAAGCCGCUGUCGGACCCUGUAGAUUUCAGUGUAAAAAUCAAGCAGACCCGCACGCGAUUCGAAGCGACGCCUGCACGCCAUCGACGCGACGCCUGCUCGACAGCACCUGACACUCACCGGUCUCUUCACGCGCAGGUCAAGGCGACGGGCCAUUUACAAAUUAUGUACGGCAAUGUGGCGCCCGGCGGCGGCGUCGCGAAGAUCACGGGCAAGGAGGGUGAGACCUUCACGGGCGUCGCGAAAGUCUACGAUAGCGAGCCGGCGAUGCUCGACGGCAUUCUGAAGCGCGAGAUCAAGUGCGGCCAGGUCGUGAUCAUAAGGUAUGAAGGGCCAAAGGGUGGGCCUGGAUUACCAGAAAUGCUGACCCCCACCUCGGCGAUCAUGGGCGCCGGGUUAGGGGAUUGCGUCGCGCUGCUCACGGAUGGUAGAUUUUCUGGAGGAAGCCACGGCUUCUGCAUCGGCCACAUCACGCCGGAGGCCCAGAUCGGCGGGCCCAUCGCCCUCAUCGAGGACGGCGACCCGAUCCAGAUCGACGCGCGCAACGACAAGCGCACGAUCAACGUCAUGCUGACGGACGAGCAGUGGGCGGAGCGCAGGGCGAAGUGGCGGCCGCCGCCGCUACGGGCGAACCAGGGUACGCUCUACAAGUACAUGUCGGUGGUCAAAACGGCGUCCGAAGGCUGCGUGACCGACGAGCAAGUCCCAGACACCUCACCUAUCUGGGCCCAGGAGGACGAGGGCGGCGCGGCGUCGGGUGCCGUCCCGGGGUCGCUCGAGACGGGUCCCAUGACCAUAGCAGAGCUGAAGGAGGAGCUGACGCGCCGCGGCGUCAAAUUCUACGCGAGAGAUCGCAAACACGUGCUCCGGGCGAAGCUGGACGCAUGCUUGAGCGACGAGAGCUGCGCGACGUCGCGGUAAUGGCUGUGGGCGCGUAAAAAUUAUGACCUAGCUGUCGCGGUGAAGGCGUACCGGUGGGGAC